AUGAGGCCUUGGCUUCGUGCUCACCACUCAUGUGUCUCCCCAGUGUUCACAAAAGGAUCUUCUAUCCAUACCAUUCCCUCUCUCAGCAAAGUCUUGAAAGGAAUCACUGAGUGCAUCAUUGGCCUUCAGUAUGUGUGGGAGUACCGCAGCCCCAGUAAAGCUGUCCAGCCACAUUACCAGUGCAAACUCUGCUCCCUGUCCCGCUUGCAGCAUGACAUGAUUGAUCACGUGAAAAGCUGGAAACACUGCUUCAGAUACAUGAAAAAGGCCCACCCUGACAGAGUUCCAUGUGAGGAGGAAGAUGCCAUAAAAGAUCCCUCUGUCAAAAGGAUAGUGAAAGCUGCUGCCGCUGAAGUGGAGAAAAUGGAGGGGAGGGGACAAAUUAAGGUGAUCCUGAAGGAGCCCUGUGACGUCCCUGCAUUCAAAGGACUUCGGUCUGCUGUUCCAAGAUUUGGCCCUCCACCUCCAGGCAUGGGACCAAUGGGACCUCCCUUUGGUCCCAGAUUACAAGACCCUUGGUUUUCAGGAGAGUUCCCCCCUUAUGGUGGUCCAAGUGAUUAUACAUCUGGAGAAUAUGGAGGAUUCGAUUUUGGUGGAUAUUCCUCAAGAGAAAAUUUUGCCAAUCCAAGUAUGGAUCGGGGAUUUUUCUCAAACGAAGCAGACCACCACCCACCAGGGAGUGGCAAUGGCUAUGGUCCUGGUUAUGGAAGCGAUGGUUAUGGUCCUGGUUAUGGAAGCGAUGGCUAUGGUCCUGGUUGUGGAAGCGAUGGCUAUGGAAGGAGUGGUGUUCUGGAUGAUGGCCAAGGAAAAAUGUAUUCGGAUGGGUACCAAGGCAGCCAGAUGGGAGAUAGUUUUAUGAACAGACCAAUGGACGAGCACACGGGCAAACCAGGUUUAAUGGGAGCCGCUCCAGUCAACAGCAACCUUCCUACAACACUGCUUACAUACCUGGAAAAUUUUAAGAUACAGAAUGAGAGUGAUGCACAGCUGGUGCUUAAGGUGACGCAGAAACUAACAGAUGUGCUGAUGGAGUACAGACUGAGGAGUGUCUCAGAGGCCCCGAGUCUCAGCAGCCUGCCAAUGAGCUCCACAAGCUUCUCUUCAGCCUCAAGAUCACAGAGCAAUGAUGACAGAUUUUCAAGUAAUCUCACAGGUCCUUCCACAUAUUACAAAUGA